AAAGCAGAGCAGAUCGCUUGGCAGAACUUCAAGUAGUACUCGUUAGUGACUUCGACGCCUAUUACAAUCAUGGCACCUUCAAGAGCACCGAUAUCACAAGAAACUAAUGUUAACAACGUAUUCGCGUUAUCCUUACUUUCCGAGUACACUCACACACUCGACUCCCUCCCACUUGACCUCUCUCGCAACUUCGCAGACCUCCGCGAGCUCGACGCAGUUUUAUCGUCGUCCAUGACAUCCAUCACCGCAAAAAUACAAAACCUAACUCAGAUGAUUGAAGAUGGCACGAUGGGAAAGCAGGAACGUCUUUUCUUGCUCACAGAUAUCGCAGAGGAGGCUGCGCGUUUGAAACUUGGCGGCGAAGACAAGAUUCGUGUAGCGUGUCAAGCCGCUGACAACCUCAAAAGCCAUACAUCCCAUAUGAAAACUCUCCUCACUCUCUUGCCAUCAUUCGAUGUGGCCGCCUUGAACCGCAAGACAACCUACCCCCAUGUUGCCGUUCGGUCAUACAUGCCAACCAUAGAGAACUCGCGUCGCAGAAGAGGCAACUACGGAUCGAUCAUGACUACUGCGCAUGAUUCCAGCCCUUCUAAACGGAAACGGGCCACGAGAGAAGAUGACUUGGACGUCGGAGGCGGGAAGUCGCCACGCAAGGAGAGGAUUGGGGAUGGUACUAUGCAGCGAGCUCGAAAUGGUGCUCGUUCACGAAAACAAGAACGUGCUGUCUCUCCCACAGAAUCUGUCCUCUCCGUCAUCUCGCACACUGUAGCACCAGUGUCACAAGCCUAUGCUGGAAGCUCACGAGCUGGUGGCUCAUCAAGUCGCGUCACUAACCCAUCGAAUAGGCGUUCUAAGCCAAAUCUCAACACCUAUGACGAGCCGCAUCUCAACGGAUCUGUCAAUGGCCGACGCGACAUCUUCCCCGCACCCCCUUCAUCAUCAGUCUCUCACCCUUCUUUACCUAUACCUUAUGGGUCGAACGGAUUACAUCCCUAUGAUUUGCCUGGUGCUCACACGCUGGCCAAUGAUUGGGGAGGACUUCCGCAUGGGCAACUAGAAGGUCCAGGCAUGCCCGUGGCACGGAACACACACUCCGGGCUAUCGAUCAGUGCUGCCCCCGUCAUAACCCCUAGCCUGCCGCUCAUAUCUCCUAGUGAAACCCAAGCUGCUAAUGCCGCGGGAGACACGGCUACCGAAGUUGGCGAAGGUGAUGGAGAAGGUGAUGAUAGGACCUACUGCUUCUGCGAGGGUAUAAGCUAUGGAGAAAUGAUUGCAUGUGACGACGUGAAUUGCGAGAGAGAAUGGUUCCAUCUUGCAUGCAUCGGACUUACAGUGCCUCCAGAUGGAACGUGGUUCUGCGAAGCUUGCAGGCAGAAGAAGAAUGCGAAACGUGGAGCAAGGGGUAACAAAAAGCGUUCGGGCGGAGGUGGUGGUACGCGGUCGGGAGCCAGAGCUGCUAACAACGGAUAGCAUCUUUUGGUUUGUUUUUCUACCAGUGAUCUAUCACCUCACCCCUGGCAUGUUCAUUUACGAUUGCUGUCUAUAAUUAGCUCCAGGAUCGAACAACUUAACGCAACUCAGGGACCCAGAUAAGGCUAUGGAGGUGACGCGUUGAACAAACUCAGUGAUUGUAAAGUUGCGAUCGCGACAGUUAAAUGGUAUAUCCAGCGUAUAUCCUAAUUUCCC